AUGGGAAUUUGUAGCUCUAGAAAAUUAGAUAAGGAAACAGGAAUAUAAUUACAAAUAGAGAAAACAGUUGCUGAGUAGAAAUAACUUAAGAUAGAGGAAGAGCUCUAAGUAUAAAACUCAACAAGGCGUUCAUUAUGUAAUUAGUUUACUACUUUAAAUACAAAUGGAAUUGCAAUUACAUAGCCUUAGCCAGAACUAGAAGAACAAGAAAAUAAAAAUAGUGAGCCUGAACAGCCAAAGGCUAUUAAAAAGAAGGUUAAAUCUACUAAAGAUGAUGCAAAUUACUAGAGAAAAUCGGAUCACUUACUAAAAGUUUUCUCUUUGAUAGUGGAAUUAAUUUAAGAUGAGCACAAAAAAUAUUAUAAUAUAACUAUUGGAACAAAAAUUAAAGAUUGUGUACAUUAUACUCAUGUAAAUGGAAUCUUAACUACUUAAGCAGAUUUUGAACUUCUUCAAAUGUAACCAGAUACUUUCAAAGAGGCAAACAAAUAUUCUCGAGUACCUACUUUUUUUUCUACUGAUAAUUAUUUUAAUAUUGACAAAGAAAGUCCAAAUAGUUUUAUUUCGUUUGAAAAAUUAUUAAAUGUGGAAAGAAAGAUUGCAAUAAAACAAACCUAAAUGAAGCUAAAGAAAAAGUAAAGCACUUUAUAUGAUAAUUCUAAUUAAUCAAAAGAAAGUGAUUUUAUAAUGGCUUCAAGCUAAGAAAUGCUUGAAAUUAUUACUGUUGUAGAUAUUGAGUAACAAUCAAGAUUUUUAAAUGUGUUAUUUCAUUUAAUACUUUAACAUUAUCAUUAAAAUCUUGAUUAGUAUUUAGUAUUUAUAUAAAAUACUACUUUUCUAUUUGAUAUACCUCCUUAAUUUGAUUAACCUAAUAUGUAUAGAUUGGCAUUGUUUUAUGAUAAACUCUCAUAUUCAUUGAAAGACUUGUAAUAAAUUUUAAUAAAUGAAAAAAGUGAGUUAAGUGUUAAUUUACAUAAAAAAUUAUCUCUUAAUUUAAUUCUUAUUCUUAUAAAUUGUUAUGAGAAAUACAUAUACAGACUUAAUUUCACACUCUCGACAAUAUUUUAUGUUCCUAAAUUUAAAUCUUUUAAAUUAGAAUCCUUUGUAAGAAUGAAAACACUCAUAUAAUUCGGUUAGAAUCCAGAUGUAGCAUUGAAAGAAGUGGAAGAGAAAAAAUUUAAGUAAUAUGCAAAAUGUUUUAAGAAAGAUAUGUUUGCUAUAACAGAUUUGAUAAUUUACUUUAAAAACGUACAGGAUUAAAAUUUAAGAUCCAUAACAACAACUAGAAAGAAGUAUUUUACAAAUUUGAAAAAAGAGCAAUUAGAAAAUUUGGAAGAUGAAAAAAAUUAUUGUAUAUUAGCUGAAAAACUAUUUAGUCAGAAUGAAGAUCGUUAUCUCCUUGAGUUUCUUAAGCUGGCAAUUUAUUCGUAUGAAGUCAAUGAUAUCGAUAAAUUAAUUUAAGAUAUCAGAUAAAUUACUAGUAGUCUUUAAAAAGAAUUAAACGAAACAGAUUAUUAAGAUUCAAAACAAUUUGAUCAAUAAGAUUAAAAUCUCGAAAAGAGGAAAUUAUCAAAAGAUAAUUCGGUGGAUUUAGAUGAUUUGGAUGCAAUAAAGCAAAUGGAAAUAUUUCCUGUGAAUAUUUGUGAAGAUUAUAAAUCUGUUGCUUUGAAUAAAGAUGACAUUACAGAAGAAGAGCAAACUUAUAAAGAGAUUAUUUAUUAAUCAUUACUCUAUUCAAAAAGAUUUGAAGUUUAUUACGAAAAGUUUCAAAACUUAUAAAAAUCUGUUUUUUAAACUUCUUAUGUUGAGAUUCUCAAUAUUUUCUAUUUUAUUCGAUAAUAACCAGAUGAUUCAUGGUAAGAGAAAUUAAAAAUUAUCUCUAAAAAAAUUGAUAAAGUUAUUUAAAUUAUUUAAAAAGUAAAGGAUGAUAGUGUAGAUAAUUUUCACAUUACUUUAUUAUUUUAGAUUAUGACAUUAUCUCAAAAUAAACCAUUGGUUAUAUUAAAUUAAUUAUCUAAAUGUAUAGCUAAUCAAUUAUAACAAAAAUUGUCAAUGGAUCAUAGAUUAAGGAGUUAAAAUCAAGCAAAAGGAUUGCUUGAACAAAAGAAACAUGUUAUGUUAUAAAUUUGGUCUGCAUAAUCAUAUCUUAAUGCUGACAAUUAUUUUUAAGCGAUUAGCAAGAUUUAAAAGGCUAUAGGAUUUUAAUUAAAAAAUUAGCAUUAAGCAUCAUUAGCAUAUGGUUAUUCUUUAUUAGUGAGUGGAGAGAUAGCAAGAAUAAGUUUAGCUUCAAUUUCGGCUAUGCUUAAUUUAGAAAUGAGUUUAGUAAUAUAUAAUCAAUUUUUUCCAGAAUAUAAGUAAGUUGAAGAUUAAUAAGAUAUUUAAGAGAAAUUAGAUUAUAAUCCAAAUUAAAUAAAAUAUAAAGAUGUAAGAGUGAAAAAUUUAGCUACAAGCAACAAAGCAAAAUUGGAGUUUCUUCUUGGUAUGAGUUACUUUGAUAUACACGAUUAAGAAAAUUCACUAGCAUGUCUUAGAAGAGCUUAAGAAUUAAUGCUACGAUCAUUUCAUAUUUAUGCUGAUGAAGUAGUAUUUUUAGUUUUGUAAUAAUUAUGGAUUCACGUGUUAUAGGAUGAUAUAGGGCAUGUUAUGAAUAUCGCAUUAUUUUAUGCUAAUGAUAUGAAUGAAAAAUACAGAAAUGGUAAAGAAUUUAAAAGGAAGUUAAUUUCAAAAUUAUAGUUUAUAAUAGGGUGUAUUUUUGAAUUUAGUGGAUAGUAUUUAAGUGCAAUUCGAUUUAUUGAACGUUCAAAUAGAACACUUUCAAAGGCAAAAUGUAAUAAUUUUGUUAUUUAAAUGCAUUAUUAGGCUAAGAAGAUUCAAAUAAUUUCAAAAUUGAAAUAAGCUUUUUUGAGAAUAAAAAGUAAAUAGUAAGUGAGAUGUGAAUUAGAUUUGAGUUUAUUAUAGACGUUAAAUGAAUCAUUAGGAUAAACAUUUCAAAUACUUUAUUUUAAAUAACCAAUAGCAAUGAGAACUCCAGUUUUGUUGGAAAAAUUUGGAAAGUAGUUAAUGCAUGUUUAGGGUUUGAUGAGAAUGGAUCAAUAAAGUAAAGCUAUGAAAUUAUUGGGAGAGAUGAUUAAAGUAUUAAAUAGGAGUAAAAAAGAUGAAAUAUAUGGUUUAAUGUAAGAUAAGUAUCUAAUAUUAUGUUUGGAUAAAAUGAAUUUAAAAGAAAUCGAAGGACGAAUUCAUAGUGUAAUUGAAAUUCAAGACAGAUAUUUAUAANCAAUGGAUCAUAGAUUAAGGAGUUAAAAUCAAGCAAAAGGAUUGCUUGAACAAAAGAAACAUGUUAUGUUAUAAAUUUGGUCUGCAUAAUCAUAUCUUAAUGCUGACAAUUAUUUUUAAGCGAUUAGCAAGAUUUAAAAGGCUAUAGGAUUUUAAUUAAAAAAUUAGCAUUAAGCAUCAUUAGCAUAUGGUUAUUCUUUAUUAGUGAGUGGAGAGAUAGCAAGAAUAAGUUUAGCUUCAAUUUCGGCUAUGCUUAAUUUAGAAAUGAGUUUAGUAAUAUAUAAUCAAUUUUUUCCAGAAUAUAAGUAAGUUGAAGAUUAAUAAGAUAUUUAAGAGAAAUUAGAUUAUAAUCCAAAUUAAAUAAAAUAUAAAGAUGUAAGAGUGAAAAAUUUAGCUACAAGCAACAAAGCAAAAUUGGAGUUUCUUCUUGGUAUGAGUUACUUUGAUAUACACGAUUAAGAAAAUUCACUAGCAUGUCUUAGAAGAGCUUAAGAAUUAAUGCUACGAUCAUUUCAUAUUUAUGCUGAUGAAGUAGUAUUUUUAGUUUUGUAAUAAUUAUGGAUUCACGUGUUAUAGGAUGAUAUAGGGCAUGUUAUGAAUAUCGCAUUAUUUUAUGCUAAUGAUAUGAAUGAAAAAUACAGAAAUGGUAAAGAAUUUAAAAGGAAGUUAAUUUCAAAAUUAUAGUUUAUAAUAGGGUGUAUUUUUGAAUUUAGUGGAUAGUAUUUAAGUGCAAUUCGAUUUAUUGAACGUUCAAAUAGAACACUUUCAAAGGCAAAAUGUAAUAAUUUUGUUAUUUAAAUGCAUUAUUAGGCUAAGAAGAUUCAAAUAAUUUCAAAAUUGAAAUAAGCUUUUUUGAGAAUAAAAAGUAAAUAGUAAGUGAGAUGUGAAUUAGAUUUGAGUUUAUUAUAGACGUUAAAUGAAUCAUUAGGAUAAACAUUUCAAAUACUUUAUUUUAAAUAACCAAUAGCAAUGAGAACUCCAGUUUUGUUGGAAAAAUUUGGAAAGUAGUUAAUGCAUGUUUAGGGUUUGAUGAGAAUGGAUCAAUAAAGUAAAGCUAUGAAAUUAUUGGGAGAGAUGAUUAAAGUAUUAAAUAGGAGUAAAAAAGAUGAAAUAUAUGGUUUAAUGUAAGAUAAGUAUCUAAUAUUAUGUUUGGAUAAAAUGAAUUUAAAAGAAAUCGAAGGACGAAUUCAUAGUGUAAUUGAAAUUCAAGACAGAUAUUUAUAAUUUCCAUUAAAGUAACAUCAUGUUCUUAAAUGUUAAAUGAUUUUACUGUGUAUAUUGUUGAAAUCAAAGAAUAAUACUUAAAUGCAUUAGUUAUUCAAAAGCAUUGAAUAGACAAUAGAUGAGUUCUAGACUAUUCUAUAAUGGAAAUAAUUAUCUUAAGAAAGCGAAAAUAAUGAGUUAUAUGUAGCAAACAAAUUUGAAACAAUAGUGAAAAGAGGAAAGAUUGCUAUGGUCUAUCAGAUUGCAAAUAUAACAGAAUUGAUUGAGCUUAAUAAUAAAUUCAAGAAAAAGAUAUUUGAAAAUCUAUAAAAUAAUGAAAAGUUAGUAGAUCUAGCAAAUCUAUUUUAGAAGAAGAUAAUUAAUAAUUAAGCAUUUAAAAAAUUAUUAUAGAUUAAAUAGGAAUGUUUAUUAGGAAGUUAUUCUUAAGUGAAAAUAGUAAAUAAUGUAGAUUAGUAGGAACAUUAACAAUAAGAAUAAAAUAUUUAAAGAGAAAAUUAAAAAAAGUUGUAAGUAGUUGAAUAAUCUACAGAAGUUGAAGAGAGAAAUAAUUAAAAGUUGGUAUUUGAUUUAAGAAGUAUAGAAGAAUUAAUGAUAGAUAGAAAGUAAGUUGGUCAUCAUAGAAAAGGUUAAACAUAAGAAACAUUAUAAAAGAUAGAAGAGAAAGAAAUAAUUGAACCUGAGAAAACUAAGAAAUCUCAUAAAAGAAAUGAAACAGAAAUUACAAUAAAUAAUGAAAAGAAAAAAAAGAAAAUAGAAUAUAAAAUGAAUCCAUUUUUAAACACUAUAAAAAACAAAAAAAAAAAGGAUUAAUGA